CGGUUGUGCGUAUUGCAAGUGAAUUUCUUUGUAAAUUUAUUCAAUUAUACCUAAAUUAAAUCUAUAAGUUAGUAGUAAUGGCAGACUUAGACGAUUUUUUUGCAAAAAAAGACCGUAAGAAAUCAAAAACCACCAAGAAGUUUUCAACCACUGAUGAAGUUGCGAAAAAAUUAGAAGACACUGCGAAAAAGACUGAGAAACUGAAGAAGGAGAGGAUACCCGAAGGGGACGAACAAAACGCGCCAGUUCACGAUCAAGACGAAUGGAAGGACUUCGAGGAGGAAAAGAAGGACUAUUCCGGCCUGAAAAUCGGAAACCUGACAAUUAACCCCAACGCUGAAGCCAGCCAAGGCACUACGGAAACCAGCACCGAACAGCAGUCGGGGUACGAUGAAACCCACCCCGAUGUGGGCGAGAAGAAAGCCCAAGGACCGUGGAAACGCAUCGACAGCGAUCAGCAACAAGAGGAACCCAAACCCGAAAAGAAACCCGAACCUGUGCAGCAGGAACAACCCAAGAUCAGGGGUGCUUAUGUGCCCCCAAGUAUGAGGAACCCGUCGGCACAACCGCAGGUUCAGAAUAACCGCUUUAAGUCCAAAGCUGCCCCAGAUAUUCACAACGAUGAAUAUUUUCCUUCUUUAUCUAAAACUAGUGACCAUAGGAAAAACCGUACUGAAGGUUCUUUUGAAGUGGUGCAACACAACCGAUCAAGUAAUUAUAGACAGGCUGAGCAGUCUAAAAUAAGUUCCGGGCAGGGCCCCAAAUUGAAUCUUGGAAACCGUUACAAUACUCUGAGUAACGACAGCUAGUGUUUUGAGGGCUUUCUAGAGACACGUUUGUAAUAAGUGGUGGCCAUGUUGAUUUACAAAACUGUUGUUUAGUAUUUUCCGAUAUGUAAAACCAGUCAAAUCACUCCGGUAAAUAAAUAUAUCUUAUGUAUUACUUUUAAUCUUAGGUUUUGUCUUGUAAAUUUUUGUUAAGCAUUAAAAUCUACAUACCAAACUCAGUUUGAAAAGAUAUUUUCAAAAGUUCAAAACAUUUUUUAUAAAUAAAUAUUGAUUUCCAUA